AUGCACUGGCUUGUCACUUUGGUUGCAUUAGUCAUUGCUGUCCCUGCAUUUGCACAGCAUCAACAACAUACAUUUGCAGUACAUCCUAAUACAAACCUGCAUGGAAGAUUCUUACAUAUUACUGAUAUCCACCUUGACCCACAUUAUCAAAAUGGAGCAACAAUCAAAUCCGGUUGCCACAACCAACCCAAGAAGCAUCGAAAGAAAAAGCAACGCAAAGGCAAAUUGUCAGGCUACUGGGGUGCUCCUACCACGGAUUGCGAUUCAUCAGAGCCAUGGGUCUAUCAUGCUAUUAAGACCAUUGCCGAUGAUUGGAAGGACAAAAUAGACUUUAUUGUAUGGACCGGUGAUAAUGCAAGACACGACCUUGACAAGAAGAUUCCAAGAACAAAAGAAGAGAUUUUGGCACUCAAUUACAAAAUAACAACUGCUUUACAAGAGGAAUUUCGUGAUGAAAAUAACAAGACCAUCCCUAUUGUACCAUGCAUAGGCAACAAUGAUGUCCAUCCACACAAUCAACUCCGAUCCACUGCUUCAUCCACUCUCGAUGCUUACAGUAAAUUGUGGAGCGACAUGAUUCCACGCGAGCAACAAGAAGUCUUUAGACAAGGAGGCUAUUUUGCUGUCAACAUACUCCCUGGCAUCCGUGUACUUUCGCUCAACACAUUGUAUUUCUUUGAAUCGAAUGACCAAGUCCUUGCUUGCAAGGACCCAAAAAGUGCUGGAAAGCGUCAUCUCGAAUGGAUACGUGAGGAACUCACCAAAGCCCGUAAAAUGCAAGCACGUGUCUAUGUGAUUGGCCAUGUGCCUCCCUCGUCACGUACAUUCUAUGGUAGUUGCUUAACCGCUUAUACUCAGCUCUCAAUCGAAUUCCGAGAUGUCAUCGCGGCUCAUCUUUAUGGACAUGUCAACUAUGACCACUUUAUUGUGCUCCAACAAGAACAACAGUCUCAAGAAGAAAAUAGGAUCAUCAACAUUCAAAAGGAUUCAGGGCGCUAUAUUACAAAUCUCAAACACCAAUAUCAGCAGGUCAAUGGAAACGACCAAGACAAGGCGGUUGUUGUACACGUUGCACCCCCGAUCUUGCCCAUCUAUUAUCCAGGUUUCCGAAUCAAUGAAUACGACAACGAUUCAAAAAGCACACACUUUGGCACUUGGACUCGCUAUCACCAAUACUACUGUAACCUCACCUACUGGAACAAUGAAAAGCAACAUCAUGCAUUACCAAGAUUUGAGCUUGAGUAUAGCACGGAUGAAGCGUAUGCAAUGGAUAACCUGACGGUGGGCAGCUGGCUGGAUCUAGCUCAUCGCAUGACACGAAAAACCGAUGAGAGCCGCGCUUUAUGGAAUACAUAUGUAGACAACAUCUUUGUGCAAACCGAGCAUGAUGAUGAUUGA